AUGAACGAGGUGGUGUGCAACGACUGGCUGGGCAAGAAGGUGAGUGUGAAGUGCAACCCUGAAGACUCCACAGGGGACCUAAAGAAACUGAUCGCAGCCCAGACGGGCCCCAGAUGGAACAAGAUUGUCCUGAAGAAAUGGGGCCGGGUCUUCAAGGACCACGUGACAUUGGGCGACUAUGAAAUCCACGAUGGAAUGAGCCUGGAGCUUUAUUACCAAUAG